AUGGAGCAUCUAAUUGAGAGGAUUUUUGGCGCAUACCCUGAGGACUACGGUUUCGGCUACAAGGAGCUCCAGUAUGACUCUGUGGCCAAUACAGUGAACCAUAUUGGGGCGUUUGUUGAUAUUUUCCGUGUUUUGAAUCUCAACAAGGCAAUGAAGACGAUUUUACUCUUCCCAAUGAGGAUGUCUAUUGCACCAGGUUUUACUAUGCUCAACAAGACCAUUAUUGCAUGGUGUAUUCUAUCCAUCACAAAGAGCCGACUCAAAGCACUGCACAAGGAUAAUAUUUGCCUAGGUAUUGAGAUUCCAGAGAUUCCGCAUCUGAAAGAUCCCAAAGGCAAAUCACCAGAAUAA